UCAUGGCGGCUGCCAUGAAUAUGUCAACUGCAGGGGAUUCGUAAAAAUCUCAUUAUUAUCGAUCUUCACUCGUUUAUUAAUUUUGGUAAUUUCGAGGCAAAUCGGUGAAUUAUGAAGACUGCGUUGAUGGUUGCUGAGAAGCCGUCACUCGCGGCUUCUCUUGCUAAUAUUCUUAGCAAUGGAAAGUCCACCUGUAGGAAAGGAAUGAACGGUUCAUGCUCAGUGCACGAAUGGAUCGGUCAGUUGCGAUCUGAAACAGUGAGUUUCAAAAUGACCUCAGUCUGUGGUCACGUAAUGAGUCUGGACUUCAUCAGCAAAUACAACAACUGGGAUAAAGUGGAUCCAGCAGAGCUAUUCACUUGUCAAACCGAGAAGAAAGAAGCCGUGCCAAAGCUGCGAAUCCCCUCAUUCCUGGGUAAAGAGGGCUCGCACUGUGACUACCUCAUCCUCUGGUUGGAUUGCGACAAAGAGGGUGAGAAUAUUUGUUUCGAGGUAAUUCAGGCCGUCCAGCAGGUGAGAAGUUCCCGUCUGAAUGCCAGCAAUAUCUGGCGAGCAAAAUUCUCAGCGAUCACAGAGCGAGACAUAAAAGCAGCCCUGCAAAAUCUCGCUCGACCAAAUGAGAACGAGGCUAGGAGUGUCGAUGCACGACAGGAGUUGGACCUGCGCAUUGGCUGUGCCUUCACGAGAUUCCAGACAAAAUUCUUCCAGGGAAAAUACGGCGACCUGGACGCCUCCCUGAUAUCCUACGGUCCCUGUCAGACCCCAACCCUAGGUUUCUGUGUUCAGAGGCAUGACGAGAUUCAAACCUUCAAGCCCGAUCCUUAUUGGCUCCUCCAGGUGACAAUAAGAACGACCGAGGGCCAGGACCUGAUCCUGAGCUGGUCGAGAGGUCGAUCCUUUGACAAGGAAAUAGCGAAUAUCUUUCUGUCUCAUGUAAAAGAGCACGAGCAGGCGACAAUCGUCAAUAUCCAGAGCUCGGAGAAGACCAAAGGCCGACCAAUCGCUCUCAACACUGUGGAGUUAAUGAGAGUCUCGAGUUCGGGCCUGGGGAUGGGUCCUCAUCACGCCAUGCAAAUUGCAGAACGUCUGUACACCCAGGGAUACAUCAGCUAUCCCAGGACCGAGACCACCUCCUAUCCAGAGAAUUUUGACCUUCUGGCUACUCUCAGGCAGCAACAGAACAGUUCAGAAUGGGGAGAUGAAGUGAAAAAAAUUCUGGCAAGUGGAAUAAACAGACCAAAAAAGGGCCACGAUGCUGGGGAUCAUCCGCCCAUCACACCCAUGAAAUCUGUCUCGAGGAAUGAACUAGACGGCGACGCCUGGAGGAUUUACGACUAUAUCACCAGACAUUUCAUUGCCACUCUUGCCAAAGACUGCAAGUAUCUCAGUACAACCGUUAAAUUUGAGAUUGGAAUCGAGAGUUUUUCUCUGACUGGAACUAGUCUCAUUGAUCCUGGGUACACGAGUCUUCUCACCUGGCAGGCACUCGGCGCUAAUGAGGGUCUGCCUAGGUUUACCAUCGGAGAGAGGGUCAAUAUUCAGGACGCUAAGCUCCUCGAUUGCUACACACAACCACCGGAUUACUUAACUGAGUCCGAGCUUAUUACACUCAUGGAGAAACAUGGCAUUGGCACAGAUGCCUCUAUUCCAGUACAUAUUAAUAACAUCUGCAUCAGAAAUUAUGUGACUGUUGUGCCCGGGAGAAAGCUCACACCCACUUCCCUGGGGAUUGUCCUGGUGCAUGGGUAUCAGAAGAUUGAUCCAGACCUGGUGCUCCCCACUAUGCGUUCAGCCGUGGAGGAACAGCUGAAUCUGAUAGCCCUAGGUCGAGCUGAUUUUCACGCUGUUCUUCAGCACACACUCGAAGUAUUCAAACAAAAAUUCCACUACUUUGUUCAGAGUAUCGAUGGUAUGGAUCAACUCUUCGAGGUAUCAUUUUCCCCUCUCUCUGCCUCGGGCAAAGCUCUCUCCCGAUGUGGCAAGUGUCGUCGUUACAUGAAAUACAUUCAGACAAAACCAUCGAGAUCUCAUUGCGCCCAUUGUAAUGAGACUUACAAUUUACCGCAAAAUGGUAAUAUCAGGAUUUACAAGGAGCUUAAAUGUCCACUUGACGAUUUUGAACUGUUGUCAUGGUCGACAGGCACCAGAGGAAAGAGUUUCACCUUCUGUCCGUAUUGCUAUAAUAAUCCUCCAUUCAGGGACAUGAAGAAAGGAAACACUGGGUGUAACUCGUGCACCCAUCCAACAUGUGCCCACGGUUUAAAUUCAAAUGGUGUUUCGAGUUGUCCCGAGUGUGAAGCUGGAAUUCUGGUGCUGGAUCCGUCAGCAGCACCAAAAUGGAAACUAGGAUGUAACAGAUGUGACGUUAUCAUUCACUUCUUCGAGAAUUCCCACAAAGUGACUGUUGACACUGACGUUUGCGACUGCGGUGCACAACUUAUCACAGUCCAGUACAAGGAGGACAAGAGUAAAUUGCCGAAUGAGGCAACUGAGAUGACUGGCUGUGUAUUUUGUACACCUGAGUUUGGUCCACUUGUUGAGAAGCACAGAGCAGUGGCAUCCAAGCCAGUGAUGACCAGAGGACGAGGUCAUGCCAAGGGUCGCAGUCGUGGAAAGCCACGACCCAAGGACAAGAUGGCGCAAUUAGCUGCUUACUUUGUGUAAAAUAAAUACGUCGAUGAAUAACGCGCGGUGAAUAACAAUCUAUGUAAUUAAACCGUUGAGCGAUGUGGAAAGGAGUGCAAUGUAAUUGUCAAUUUAUCUCGUUUAUUCAUUGAAGGGAGACUGAUUAGUUUUCAAAGUCGUGAAGAUUUUUUUUCGUUGAGAACUUUUUUUUUUUUGUAUUUCUUAAUUGUUUACAUGUUGAAUUAAAGGAUAUUAAAUCAUAA